CAAAAUAAUCUGUAAUUUGACUAGAGAGUCGAUUUCUUGGGAGACCGACCGCUUCCGUUAUCUUCUUUCUCUUUCUUUCCACAAACGUGCGACAAAAUGGUGAAAGUCAAGUGCUCCGAGUUGAGGACGAAGGAGAAAAAGGAGCUGCUCAAGCAGCUGGAGGAGCUCAAAACUGAGCUGACCAACCUCAGGGUUGCCAAAGUGACAGGAGGUGCAGCUUCCAAGCUCUCCAAGAUACGUGUCGUACGUAAGGCAAUCGCCCGUGUAUAUAUAAUUAUGCACCAGAAGCAGAAGGAGAAUCUUCGUCUCCUUUUUAAAAAUAAGAAGUACAAGCCCCUGGACCUUAGGCCAAAGAAGACUCGAGCCAUUCGCAGGAAGUUGACUCCAUUCCAGGCUGGGAAAAAGACAUUGAAGGAAGUCAGGAAAUUAUCUGCUUGGCCUGUGAGGAAGUACGCCCUCAAGGCAUAAAUCUGUCACAUGUUUCACAAAAUCUAAUAAAAAAAUUAAAAAACCAA